AUGCACCACAGCGCUUGCCAGUGUCAACUGCCCCUUCUGCUGCGCCUGGCUUUGCUGGGUGCACCAUUCUUGCACACUGUCAUGCCAUCCCAACUGCAUGAUCACUCUAUGCAUUGGGGUCAGCACAUACCCAAUAAUGCUACUUCUGUCCCUACCUCUGCUGCAGCGGCCGCUUCUACCGCCAUGCCGCUUCCCCUGUCGUCGGAGCAGCGGCAGCCCCAGCAGUUGCAGCAGCAGCCAUCACCGCAGCCGCAACCGCAGCCGCAACCGCAGUUCCCGCUGGGAUCGUCAGCUGUUCCUUCAUCGACCACAACGGCGCCAGCAUCUUCUGAUCCCGCGCAUCACGUCCCUCAUCCUGGACGCAUUGCCAUGCCGCCCGUUUCAUUUCCACCUAUCGGUGCAAUGACACCUGGUGUGCCAUUGACACCAGGUAUGCCUGGGUUCAUCCUUCGUUCAGUCCUAGAAACACCUCCCAUAUACCCCUACAUGAUGAGUCCAGGGAUUGCCUUGAAUACAUCAGGCGUCUCAAAUGGGAUCAACUCGUACUUGAAUGCAGCGCCUGGCGCUCCCGUGGACAUGCAUCUUUCGAUGGCCAUGCCCAACGCUCACACAAACUUGCCACCAACGCCUCACUGGGCGCAGCCAGUGCAGACUCGCACUUAUGCGCCAUCGUCCUCAUCACAUGUGUCCACGCACCCAGAUCCUCCUGUGCGCACCAAGGGCUUUGACUCGUCUUCGCCCACCGUUGACCAGACAGCGCCUGUCGGAGCGCCACGAAAUGAACAAGAGUAUCCGUUCCCUGAGACGGACGAGGUUACUCCACCAAUCAAAGCAUCAGUGCCACCUCGGCCGGAGUCCUUGGCUGAGAAUCAUCGUCGGACGCAUCCUAAAGACAAUAAUGAUCCCAGAGAGGCGACGUCACAUGCAGAGUCUGUCACAGGUCCUGCCGAGCAUUCUUCAACAGCCCAAAAUACUCACUCUACGUCGGCAGACGCCGUCGUUGCCUCCGCUGCAUCGGCUGCUCCUGUCUUGGGAGGUCGAGCUGUCUCACCAACCACUGUGGCUUCGCCGAAAGCAGCCGACUCAUCUUUAGCAAAGGACUCCGCUAGUGCAGUUGAAGACGCCGAAGCGUCCGUGCUUCCGAGCACACGUGAACUUACGCAUGCCAUUGCUAAACUAAGUGUUCGUGGGACAGCGCGCACGAAGCGAACUGACGACAUCCAAAAAGAACGUGUGGCUGCUGAGGCUGCGUUGUCUCGGUUGCGACAUGACUUGGCCGCUAAAGACAAGCCAGCAAAAGACCCUACUGCCAUGGGGGAAUGA